CCAGAGCAAGAACAAGGCAUUACAAUAUAACACGUAUGUACGGCAGGAGUGUGGAAAACAGCUGGCAAAUUGCAUACACAUCAGCUUCCAAAGUCYACACGUUAUGAACCAGGCAGGACCUAUCUCCCCCGUCGUUUCUGGUGACGAAUAACUCAUGCGUCAAAAAGGAAAGUCGGGAACCGAAGAGCCAGUUCUGCAGGUUUUGUAAUCGGGAAUGGGGGACAUGAAAACCCCAGAUUUCGACGACUUGUUGGCAGCCUUCGACAUUCCAGACAUCGAUGCCAAAGAGGCCAUCCAGUCUGCGCCGGAAGAGGGUGGGGAGGGGUCAGGGAAGGURGGGGGCAGCYUMUCGGGGGRCGGGGGUCCCUCGCCAAGACCUUCCAGCCCCACUGACUCCCCUCCCAACUCCCAAAGUGAGCCUCCAGUGGUCAGUGUGAUUGUUAAGAACAGGGUGAGGCCUGACUCCUAUGAAGAGACUGAGGAGUCAGAUGAAGAGGAUGGGGACAGCCCUGGGGGCAGUGGGACAGACCCUGAGGUGGAGACUGGGAUGGGAGUCAAGGGGGGCCUGCUGAAUUCACAACUGGCUCCUAGGAUGCCUGGUCUGGUCUCCUCAGAACCUCUCCUCCAGAAUGGGUUUGAGGGGUCCACAGUCACGCUGGAGCCCAGUGUGAGAGGCCAGGGGCUGGGCCAGGCGUUGGGCCAUGCCAACGGGGAGCUCUGGUCAACCUGCUCCCCUCCUACUGCGAGUGAAGGAGGGGGCAGCAUUGGAGGCGCAGGGGGGUCGGCCUGCACAACCAAACAUACAGUUAAUAUUCUCAACAGACGGAAACCUCUCUCCUCUCAUACCUCUGCUGGUCCUAUAACCUCCAUAUCCUCCUCAUCAUCGUCAUCCUCACUCUCUGUCAACCCACACCUCUCUCCUCCCUCCAUCCUGAGUGAGGACACUCUGUGCCCUCACGGAACUCUCCCCCCCCCCCCUCCCUCCAACGGAAGCCUGAGAGUGGGGGUGAGGCGCAUCAUGGACUCAGAUGAGGACGACUCUGAACCGGAUUUGGGAAGCCCGCUAGUGAUCCAAGAGAGCCCAGAUUCUCCCAUGUGCUCCCCUCCCAAAUUUCCACGCAGACACCGCCAAYUGUCCUCUUCAGAGCUGUUCAGRUCCCCAACUCCCUCCUCRCCUCCUCUCCUCUCUUGCCCUCCUCCUCUCUCCUCCAAACCCCCUCCCUCCAUCUCUCAGACAUCCUCCAGCUCUAAACCCCCCCCUCCAGAUGAAGUACCCUCCACCCCCAGGUCUCCCUCCCCUCCUCCUGCCCAGCCCCAGGCCCGUCAGUCCUGGCUGGCUGCCGCCCUCAGUAACCCCAGACCCAUCUCUAGCCCAGUGAUGGAGGAAAGAAACCCGGAACAUGUGAUCGAGGAGAGGGACUCACCAGAGAGCCCCCCGRCUGACCAGACAGGUUCUGCUAUGUCCACUGUGUCCAAGAGGAGCUCCAGCCCUGCACCAACCUCAGCAUCAACUCCACAGGGGGCUAGAGGGGGAGAGGAGCCCAUGGAGAGUGAGCCUAGCCUGGGGUGCAGGUCAGACAACAGUGAGAAGAUGGAGGUUGUGGAUGGAAGACAAACAGGAGACACGGAGACGGCUCCGGRCAAUUCUACGACAACACCAACAGCCCCCGUUCGCCCACUCAAAGUCCGAAUCAAAACAGUCAAGACCCCUACAGGCAGCAUCACCAGGACAGUGACYCGAGUAGCAUCCAAAGGAGCGGGGGGGACCCCCUCAAAAGGCGCAGAUGGCUCCAAACCCUCCCCGGGGGMUCGUAKGGUSCUCAGCCGGCCCAAGAGGGUGGCAUCUCAGCAGCCUCCMCAGCAGAAGUCAAAGGGUGGCAGCCUCCUGCCUGUGUCUACACUCCAGGAUGCAAGUACCGCCAUGUUGAUGGCCGCCAGCAAGGCCCAAAACAAGAUGGCCGCCGACAGCAACAAGCCCAAAGUGURGGCUACGGCUGUCAGCAUCACCAAGUCAGCAGCCCUCCCCUCUGUCUCUCCCGCCUCUUCCUCCUCCCCCAGAUUCAGUCCAGGGGGGGCCGGRGUGCGCAGCCUGGGRCAGAAGACCCUGAAUGGYGGUGUGUCUGUGUCCCKCUCCCCCCUCCUCACCCCUCAGGGGGGCAGUAGACCAGCCUCCAUAGUGAACAGUACAGGAGCCAUUAUCUCCAGGAGCCAGUCCAGUCUGGUGGAGGCCUUCAACAAGAUCCUCAACAGCAAGAACCUGCUGCCCAGCUACAGACCAGACCUCUGUACACCACUACCACCGGAGUGGGACCUGCCUCUGCCUGCACAGGGCUACCGCUGUCUGGAGUGUGGCGAUGCGUUUGCCCUGGAGCGCAGCCUGGCCCGCCACUACGACCGGCGGUCCCUGAGGAUCGAGGUGACCUGUAACCACUGUGCCAAGCGGCUGGCAUUCUUCAACAAGUGCAGCCUGCUGCUCCACGCCAGGGAACACAAGGAGAGGGGACUGGUCAUGCAGUGUUCCCACCUGGUCAUGAGACCUGUCAGUGUAGAGCAGAUGAUAGGCCAACAGGACACCACUCCCAUCGGCAUGCUCUCUCCCUCCCUCUCCACCUCCUCUGUCCCAGCGUCCUCUUGCUCUGGAGCAUGCUCCGGCUGCCCUACAGGCAUGUUCUGGCUGCCCUACAGGCAUGCUCCGGCUGCCCUGCAGGCAUGUUCCGGCUGCCCUGCAGGCAUGCUCCGGCUGCCCUGCAGGCAUGCUCCGGCUGCCCUGCAGGCAUGCUCCGGCUGCCCUGCAGGCAUGAUCCGGCUGCCCUGCAGGCAUGUUCCGGCUGCCCAGCAGGCAUGUUCCGGCUGCCCAGCAGGCAUGUUCCGGCUGCCCCGCAGGCAUGUUCCGGCUGCCCCGCAGGCAUGCUCCGCCGGCUGCCCCGCAGGCAUGCUCCGGCUGCCCUACAGGUCCUAUUCUGCCCAAACUCUGUAUGCCAUGGGUUCUCCAACCCCGUUGCUGUGUUCUAGUUGUCAGGUGGUGUUUGGAGGGUUAAACUCGGUCAAGUCCCAUAUCCAGACGGCCCACUGUGAGGUGUUCCAUAAGUGUCCCAGCUGCCCGAUGGCCUUCAAGUCCUCCCCCAGCGCCCAGAGCCACAUCAACACCCAGCACCCCACACUCACUGGAGGACAGGCCAAGAUGAUCUACAAGUGUGUGAUGUGUGACACGGUAUUUACCCAGAAGCCACUGCUGUACGUCCACUUUGACACCCACCUAGUCAAGCAGAAGGUGCACGUGUUCAAGUGUCCUGAGUGCCCCAAGCUCUACGCGCAGAGAAGUUCCAUGCUGGAGCACAUCAAGACUACUCACAGAGGCCCUGCGGUCAAACAGGAAGUUCCCGUUGCCAUGGCGCCCUCCCCUGCRCCUCCCCCCCGGGUGCGGAGCUCGGUGAAGACGGAGAGCUCUGACGGAGAGGAGUGGGGAAGGGAGGAGGAGGAGGAGGAAGAAGAAAGGGAUGGAGAGAGCAGUAAGACAAGCCCAGGGUGGAGCUGUGCUCCCUGCCACGCCCGCUACGCUGACAGAGAGGACUACAUUACCCAUAUGGCCGAGCAGCAUGGCAAGAUCCUGAAGAAGUUCCCGUGUAGUCUGUGUGAGAACUCCUUCUCCUCUACGUCCAGCCUCAGACGCCACAUCAGAGUCAAACACAAGGGCAUCAAACGAGCCUUCCACUGCCGGUUGUGUAGUGAGGGUAAGAGGACGUUCAGCAGUAGACUGGUGUUGGAGAGACAUGUCCAGCUGAGACACGGCAUGUCAGCUCUGGACACAAAGCGAGGGAGGGGUGCAGAAGGGGCCGACAGUUCCUCGGAGCAGGACGGAGGCUCCAACCCUCCGUUCACUGUUUCAGCUGAGGAAGACGGAGGAGGAGGGUUGAAGACUGAGGAAGAAGAGGACGAUGUGACCGAGGGCAUCAUCCCUGCUAAGAGACCUCGCGUCACCUCCUCGGCCCCCCCUCCCCAGCCAGAGUCUGGGUUCCACUGUGCUCCGUGUGGCUUCACCACCGAGGACCGCGCCGUCUUCCUGGACCACAUCCCCCAGCACCGCUCCGAGGCCCUGGGGGGAGGAGUCAGCCUGCAGUGUCUACAGUGUGGAGCCUGCUUUGCCUCCGCCCCCUCCCUCUCCCGCCACCGCUUCAUCAGCCACAGGGUUCGAGACACYCCCCCUGACAACCACAGCCGUCACGGCCAUAACGACCGCURCCUGACAUCAUCGCCCGGCAACGGCGGUAACCACGGUGACGGGAGUCCCAGAGGGGGUUCCCUGCCGGGGUCUCCCUCGUCCUCGUCUCACCCCCCCACACCGCUGGGGGAGGACGGGGAGGGCAGGGUGGGGUGUAAGGUGUGUGGGAAACGCUUUGAGAAGGUUUCGGAUCUGAACACACACUUCAGGACUCACGGCAUGGCCUUCAUCACCGCACGCAAGACAGACAAACCUGUCUGAGAGAAAAAAGAGAGAGGGAGGGGAAGGUGGAGAAGGAGGAGGAGAGAGACAGAGAGAGGAGAUAAUAUUUUGGAGGGAAGGAGGGUGAGAGAGUACUAUAAACUGCAGAUAUUUUAGUAAGAGAGAGGAGGUAUGGGAAGGAAAGCUCUUCACUGUAAACCGUUCUUCAGCAGUGUGUUCCUGUCAUCACUUAUCCAACACACAAGCACAUUGUGAUAACKGUUGUUUUCAUUCAAUUCUUUCUUAUUUAAUUUUCUGGCACAUUUGUCAUAUGGCAGCCAUAACCUGUGUGUGUUUGUCUGAAUGAUUCUGGACGCAGUACCUCAGGUGCUGUACCUGUCUAAACUGAGGUYGUAUUAACAUCUCACUGAGUUGUAAACAGUGGAGGCUGCUGAGGGGAGGACGGCUCAUAAUAAUGGCUGGAACGGAGCAAAUGGAAAGGCAUUAAACAC